GAACCCCCCCCCCCCCUUUAGGAAUAUGUUGGAGUAUUUCCAAUUGAGCUUGAUCUUUUCUAGGUCGCAUCAAAUAGAGCGAGAACAUAUCGAGCGAGUUGUUGCCGAGUCACUCGGAGCAUCACAUCCCCUUUGCCGGUUAUUGAUAUUCCCAGAACCCGAUCACCAACAAUGGAUUCCAUGAUUUAUUCAGCAUGGGUCGCCUGGUUGGGCUUUCAUCAUUCUUAAGUUCCUCUCCAUUUAACGCUGACUGCCGUGCAAAAUGAUUUUGCUUCUGAUAAAGAAUAUUUAUGCAGCAGCAUCAUUUCAGUCGCCAUGAUUGCUAAUGACUUAGGGAACAAAAGUCACUCUUUUUCCUCUUCAUAUCGCCGAUUCCGGUGACAGUUGUUUUUCGGCGUGAUGGAUGAUUGCGUUUAUCGCCCCUCGACUCCACGGGCUUUCCUUUCCCUUUUAAUUGGAUUAAAACUGUCCAGAGCUGGUCUGGAGCACCGAGGCUGCUAGUCGUCCCCACGUCUGAAUUAAUUUGGUAUCCCCCUCCCUUGUUGGAAGCCGAUGGGUUCAGAUCCUAAAGCUCCACAUGGUGAUAUGUUGUUUUUUUUUGCCACUGUGCACUAAAAGCAACUCACAGUUUCCCCCUCUUUGUGAAUAUUCAAAUAUCCCAAGCUGUCUCCACGGCUGCUUUGCAAAAAAAAAAAAUGUGCAUGAGUCAUGAAAUAUUCACUGAGGGCAGUGCUAGAGGUCGGGGACUUCUUUCCGUUUGCCCCUUCUCUGAGCGAGAUUUCAGAUACACUCCUUGCGGGCCGGACAGAUAAAAUCCUGUUAAUAGUUAAUCGUAAGACCUUGCGCAUAAAAUAUUUCCGCUCGUAGCCCAGCAUAUCAAACAUGUGACGGUAAAUCGAAUUGAUAGCGCGCAUCGGUUAAUCGGUGAACAUUAAUUGAAAUCGAUUGAUCGUAGCAAUGCAGGUCGGACAUGAUAAAUAGCUCCAAGUGCCGUAUUGAUUCCGUUACGCAAUUAACACGCGGGGAGACUUGAGCAAGACACAAAAGCAUUCAAAAUCGUGCCACUUACAAGUUGGACUGUCAAUGUGACUCACCUAACGGCAGGCUGUGGGUUGCGUAACAUCUCCCAAAGUGCUGACUCGUGAGAUAAAACUGAAGUCCAAUUCCCAGAAUGUUAGAUUUCAAUGAAGACUUCAAAACACAAUCCCACAUCUUUAUCAUUUCAUUUUGGUGGCGUUAACUCAUUCACUGCCAACCCAGUUCAUACCAAUGUGUGCUUUCCAAACAUCAAUUUUCACCAUGCUGCUCCAUUUUGUGUUGGAUUAAUAAAGUAGAAAGCUUCUUUGAGGAGCAGGCCAGGCCUCCCCCCCCCCCCACCAGGCUCUCGGGCUCAGAGCCAAGUUUGGAAAGGCAGUGCUAAUGACUAUCGCACAAAGGCCAAAUGUCUCGCGGAGAAGCCGGCGAGACUCGGCUCACUUGAUCUCGCUUCAGUAUGCAGAGUGAAUCCAAGUAGCGAGCGACCACCAUUGUCUUCUAUUUGUAGUCUGGACUGAGCUGUGAUCUUCCAGGGGGUCAUCUAUGAUUUAUUCCGACUGGAAAACCUCAUCGCAAAAAAAAAAAAGAUCAUUAUUCUGAAGGUGGAGUUGUGUGCCUCUUUCUCAUUUUUUUUUUUUUUUUUGCUCCACUGUAAGAUGUUGGCCGUCUGCCCAGGCGGAUCUGCGACACUGAGGAGCUGAAGUGGGCACUUUUAGAGCAGCUUGACUGAACAGGGCCAAGGAGAAAAGCCACUCUCACUCUCCUGGCUCCAUGGCAGCCGCAGUGCGAGGCAGCGAGUGGUCAUGCGGACGCUGCACCUUCUUAAAUGUGGGCGGAGCACCUCGCUGUUCCAUCUGUGAGGCGCCUCGCCAGAAACCUGACCUGAAUCAGAUCCUUCGCCUGAGCAGUAGCGAGGAGCAGCAGCGUUGGGCUUGCCCUCGCUGUACCCUCAACAACCCUCAGGGAUCCAAAGCCUGCUCCGUCUGCGGCUUCGGACCGUCGGCCACCACGCCGGCGCCGGCCCUCACCACCGUCGCCACCACCUCAAACGGUCUCCCCCCUGCUCCUACCACCGAACCCCCGCCUAUUGUCACGCCCGCGGUGCUUGCGGAGCCCCAGGUCCCGCUGAAGGAGGACAUGCGACGCUCGGAGAGCAACGGGGAAGUGGGCGGGGGCGUGGAGAAGCAGCACAAGUCGGGCUGGGCUUGCCCUCGCUGCACGCUUCACAACACGCCGGUUGCGCUGUCCUGCUCGGCCUGCGGCGGACCCAGGAAACUGUCCUUACCCAAAAUCCCCCCCGAGGCUUUGGUGGUACCAGAGGUUCGCACUCCCGUACUGGGUUUUCCCGUGGCCUCGGCGGGGCCCGCCCCUCUGCUCAUCGAUCUAACUGAUGACUCUCCUCCGGCUCCCCCCUGCGAACCUCAAGAACCUCCCCACAUCCCGUCGUCCGCAUUCACGGCUUUCACCUCCCUCCAGAACAACCCGGUGCCGCGAAGUAGACGAGAGGUGCCUCCGACGGGGCGACCGCCAAACCAAGGCACCAACACUCCCAGUCCCACCUCUCCCCCAAGUGCGAGCGUGCCCCCCCAGUCCGGCCCCCAGAGACCCGCCAAACCCAAACACGCCCAACCCCAGGAGCCCUCAUAUCCCUGUAAGCGCCUCAGUAUUUUAGAAGAAGAAGACCCCCAAAAGAAUCACCAGGUCGGAGCUCCUACCUGGAAGUGCCCGGGCUGCUCCUUAGCGAACCCGGGCGGCUCGUCCAAAUGUGAAACCUGCCGAUCGUCGCGGGCCGGCGCCGACCUAAUCGAUUUAGGUUGCGAGACGGUACGCUUCACCCCGGCUAGCCCGUCCAGUCCGGACUUUAGCACUUGGGCCUGCUCCAAGUGCACCCUGCGUAACCCCACGGGUGCUCCAAAGUGCUCCGCCUGUGGCUCGUCCAAGCUGCACGGCUUUCAGGAGCAGCAGACGGCUCUUCUUCGCUGCUGCGCGCAGUGCGGCCAGGUCCCGUCCGGACCCGGCACGACGUGCUCCUGCACGCCCAACCCUCCUUCGUCCUCCGCGGCUCAUAAAACCCGCAAACACGGCCGAGGUUAUCCUUCCUCGUCGGGCCUUCACGAGAGGCCCGGCCAGUGGAGCUGCCCAGCGUGUACGCUGCUCAACGACCUUAAGUCCAAGAACUGCGCGGCGUGCCACACGCCCCAACAGUACCUCACCCUUCGCAAGGUGAUCAAGCCUCUGAAAAGGAGAGAGAGCAUGCACGUCGAGGCCCGUCGGCGAAACGACGAAGGCGAAGCCAAGGAGCUGUGGGAGAACAUUGUCAGCUUCUGCCGAGAGAACACGGUGAACUUUGUGGACGACAGUUUCCCACCGGGACCUCGAUCGGUCGGCUUCCCCGAGGGCGACAGCGUCCAGCAGCGAAUCAAAAAGUGGCUCCGCCCCCACGAGAUCAAAUGCAGCAACACGAAAGACCGAGGCGUCAAGUGGUCCGUUUUCCGCACGCCGCGACCUUCCGACAUCCUGCAAGGGCUGCUGGGAAACUGCUGGUUCCUCAGCGCUCUGGCCGUGUUGGCCGAGCGUCCCGAGUUGGUGGAGAGGGUGAUGAUCACCAGGACAAUUUGCACGGAGGGCGCCUACCAAGUCCGCCUGUGCAAAGACGGCACGUGGACGACAGUGCUGGUGGACGACAUGUUGCCCUGUGACGAAUACGGGUACCUCCUCUUCUCCCAGGCCCAGAGGAAGCAGCUGUGGGUGGCGCUGAUCGAGAAGGCGCUGGCCAAACUCCACGGCUCCUACUUCGCCUUGCAGGCGGGGCGCGCUAUCGAGGGCUUGGCCACGUUGACCGGGGCUCCGUGCGAUUCUCUCAUGCUGCAGGUCAGCUCCACCAACCCGCGGGAGGAGCCCAUCGAUACCGACCUGAUCUGGGCCAAGAUGCUCAGCUCCAAGGAAGCAGGGUUUCUCAUGGGCGCCUCGUGCGGAGGAGGCAACAUGAAGGUCGACGACGCCGUCUACGAGUCUCUGGGUCUGCGGCCUCGCCACGCCUACUCCAUCUUAGAUGUCCGAGAUGUGCAAGGAUACAGGUUGCUACGACUCCGCAACCCGUGGGGUCGCUUCUCGUGGAACGGCAGCUGGUCGGACGAGUGGACGGACUGGCCGCAGCAUCUCCGUCACGAGUUGAUGGCGCACGGGAGCAGCGAGGGCGUCUUCUGGAUGGAGUACAGCGAUUUCAUCAAGUACUUUGACUCGGUGGAUAUUUGUAAGAUCCACUCGGACUGGCAGGAAGUGCGGCUUCAGGGAUGCUUCCCCAGCAAGGCCAGCGGGCCCGUGAGCGUCAUGGCACUCACUGUGCUGGAAAGGACGGCGCUGGAGUUUGCUCUCUUCCAGGAGGGAAGCAGGCGCUCGGACACGGCCGACAGCCACCUGCUGGAUUUGUGCAUCAUGGUGUUCCGGGCCUCCUUCGGGAGCAGCAACAAGCUGACCCUGGGUCGCCUGCUGGCCCACAGCAAGCGAGCGGUGAAAAAGUUUGUCGGCUGCGACGUGAUGCUGGAGCCCGGGGAGUACGCCGUGGUCUGCUGCGCCUUUAACCACUGGCAGAUGAACGCGAGCGGGUCGGGAGGACCGCCCACGCCCGUGUCCAGUCCGACCAGCGGAGACCAGCGUCGGCCCAAUCAGGACUUCCCCGGCUACAUCCUGGCCAUCUACAGCUCCAGACAAGUGAUGGUGGAGCAGGUGGAGGCGGCCGCCACCACGCUAGCCGACGCCAUCAUCCUCCUGACGGAAAACAAAGGCGAAAGACACGAGGGCCGCGAGGGCAUGACGUGCUACUAUUUAACGCACGGCUGGGCGGGGCUUAUCGUGGUGGUGGAAAACCGUCACCCCAAGUACUACCUCCACGUCUCCUGCGACUGCACGGAUAGCUUCAACGUGGUGUCCACGCGCGGCAGCCUCAAGACCAUCGACAGCGUGCCGCCUUUACACCGGCAAGUUCUGGUAGUGCUCUCCCAGCUGGAAGGAAACGCCGGCUUCUCCAUCACGCACCGGCUGGCUCACCGCAAAGCCGCCCAGGCCUCGCUGGGCGACUGGACGCCCACCAAAGCCACCCACAGCCCCCAGCUCACCCCGGACAUCGACGGCCUGCACCGACCCAGGCCGCUAUGACCACCGUCCCCCACUUGGCGGACUUCUCCGAGCGACGGUCAGACCACUGGAACGCUGGGGGAAAAAAAGACUCCCGCGCGUCUGAAUGUAUUGGUCAACACUGAAGUUUUCUUCUGGCCCCUCAGGAUGAACGAGGGCGGAGUCGCUCGGCUCUCAAGCCUGGCGGGCCGCUUUCAAGUGUCAAAUAUGUGUGCGGUACAAGCGCUGUAUGCCGAUGUAACUACUGAGCCAUUUGCAGGACUUCUUCCCUCCAUUUUCCGCCCAAAAUAACCAGAUGGGGGGCGGGGGGGGGGGCGUAGCUAGGGGACAUUUACUGUAUCUCAUCCCACUGACAAUAUGGUACCAAUUGAGCCAAAUUUCUUUUUUUUGUCUUUCAACCAUCCAGGUACAUUUUAUCCGUAUAGUUUUAUGCUGCAUGUUUUAGAAACGUUCACGCUCUGUGUCUCUCUAACUCAGGACCAAACGUGUGUCAUGUUGGUGACCCCGCCCCCUCCCAUCCCCAUCUUAAUUGAUUCACUUUUUGAGUGUUUGUUUGUUUUUGCCAUUUUCCUUCCAGCCAUCGUUUUAUCUUUUAAAACACCUUGUAAAUGUUUCUGUGAUGUAAAGCGGCUGUAAAUAUGUCUCCCCCCCCCCCCCCAAAGAAACAUUCAUAUUUGCACUGAGCAGCCGUGCAAUUUAAUUUAUUCGACUCAAUUUAUCGAACGGGUUGGAAUGUGAUGGAGCGAGGCCGCAGUGAAUCAUUUUAGAUUUUUUUUUUUUUCUGUCUCAUUGUCACUUGGGCUCUUGCUGGUGCCCCCCAACCCCCUCCACCUACCCUUUUUUAAUCCAUGUUUCAGUAGCGCCUCCUGCUGGUAGUUGCAAGAAGCUACAGCUACAGACAACACCCCCGUUCCUUUUUAAAAACUGUACAGGUGCAACCCACAAGAUGUGUUGUGUUAAAAAUAAUAAUCAACUAAAUACAUUUUAAAUAAGUAGUAAAACCAACAAACAGGAACUUAACGCUGGCAAAGGUCAUAGAAUAUUUUAUCAAUAAUUUUCGAGGGUCGGCUGUGAAUAUGUGUAUAAAUAUGUAUGUUUUAAUAUUUCAAUCUCAGGUUCCAGUGGACCAAAUAAAAGUUCUUUUUUUAAAUUA